AUGCGUAUGAAAGAGUUCCAUGACAGAUAUGGCAGCAUUGUCAGAAUUGCACCAAAUGAGUUGUCCUUCAACGAUCCAAAGGCAUGGAAGGAUAUUUACGGUAAUCGUCCUGGCCACCUACCUUUUGAGAGAAAUCCAACAUGGUUCAAAGCUGCCAAACCUGGUAAUCCCGAUUCGAUAAUGGGACCAAAUGAGGAAGCUCAUGCUCGAUACCGAAAGACGUUGGUGCAUGCAUUUUCAGACAAGUCCCUGAAGGAGCAAGCACCAAUGAUAGAAGGCUACAUCGAUCAACUGAUCCGGAAGUUGCGAGAGAUCAAGGAUGAUACCACAGUUGACCUCGUUGAAUGGAUGAACUUCACCACUUCUGAUAUUGCUGGCGACCUCUGUUUUGGAGAACCCUUCGACAAUCUGGAGAAUGGCAAGGCACAUCCCUGGGUGGAGGGCUCGUAUGAUUUCGGCAAAGGUCUCGCCCUGAUCGCAUCUGUCAACUUCUAUCCACCACUGGAUCAACUGCUUCGUCUUGUGAUUCCAAAGCAGAUCAUGCAGAGGACCACGGACCAUAGAGAAAUGAGUCGAGCCAAGGUUAUGAAACGUUUAUCAAUUGAUAGUGAUCGGCCUGACUUCGUGACGCAUAUUCUCAAACAGAACAAGGAGAAUGAAGCCAAGGCGCAGAGGCAGGCUAUGAGUCCAGAAGAGAUUGGGCUCAACAUGACGGUGCUGAUCUUCGCCGGCAGUGAGACAACAGCCAGUGCUCUUGCAGGGAUUAUAAGAAUGCUGCUUCAGAAUCCGGACAAAUUGAGGAAGUUGGUCCAUGAAGUCCGAUCCUCGUUUGGGCAGGAGGGAGAAAUGUCUAUCGCCUCGGUUGGCCAUUUGGAGUACUUGGGAGCAGUCAUCAAUGAAGGUUUGCGACUUUGUCCUCCAGCGGUGAUUGGAGUGCCCCGAAUUGCACCUGUUGGAGGAGAGUGGGUUUGCGGGCAGUAUGUGCCCGAAGCAACUUUCGUGGCAGUGAAUCAAUAUCCUACCCAUCGCUCAAAACACAAUUUCGGGAACCCAGACGGCUUUGUACCCGAACGGUUUUUGUCACCUUCGAGUACGGACGACUUGUCAGCAUCUCAACCUUUCCUAUCAGGCCGCCACAGCUGCAUUGGUCAACCACUUGCGUAUGCCGAGAUGCGUCUGAUUCUCGCUCGAUUGAUGUUUGCAUUCGAUUUCCAGCUUGCAGAUCCGAAGGACGUCUGGGACUGGGGCACCCAAAAGACAUUCAUCUUCUGGGAGAAACAGCCCUUGAAAGUAUCUCUCCGGAGUGCAGCCUGA